UGAUCAGCUGUUUGUAAUGAGCAGGAUCAUAAAGAGGAAGCAGCAUCGUACUGACUGAAUGAAGUCAGACUGUAGAUUUUCCUUCUUUGUGACUCUUCAGCUCUGUCUCCUCUCACAGGGAGAAGAUGAUCUGCUGCAUCCUGCUGCUCCUCACACUGACCUCCUGUGUCUGUGGAACAUUUGUAGUGAAUGUGACACAGAGCUCCUAUCAGGCAGAGGAGAACCACAACAUCACACUGGAGUGGAGCUUCACAACCAAACCUCACACUCCACCUGACUUCCUUUAUAUUCUAUGUGAGAUGUUUACUGAUGAUCUCAAAGCCUCAAAAGUCCUGUUUCAUCUACAUGAGGGUGUUGAGGUCCCAGAGUCUCAGAAUAAACAGUUUUCAGGACGAGUCCAGUGUGACAAAGACGUCCUCAGAGAAGGACGAAUCAGACUUCAUGUGUCCAGACUGAGGACUGAGGACUCAGGACUGUACCUGUGUGAAGUCAACGCAGAUUAUGGUGCAGCAGACUUUGGCAAAUGUCGACUCAGCGUCUCUGCAGCUGUUGAUCAGCCUGAAACUCAGAGACCAACUGAGAGACCAGAACCAGAGAGUCGGGGAAGGAUCGGCCUCUACGCUGGACUGGGACUGACAGCAGCAGCAGCAGCAGCUCUACUGGUCAAACUCUGCUGUUCCUCAAGUCCUUGUUUCACUAAAUCUCCUGAUGAGACAGUAAACCUUUAUUCAGAGGUGUAAGAGUGACGUUCCUCAGAGAGCAGACGUCUCUCUGUCUCUGCUUCCUGUCACCCUGUUGGUCCAUGAGGCUGCUUUUCUCUGCACACCCAGUCUGACCUCUGACCUUUCACCUCUCUCACUGUCUCCAUGGAAACAGAGAGAGGGGACCAACACUGGGUCAGACCCUCUUUACUGUGAGAGAGUCAGAGCUCUGGUUCAAGACCUGAGUCAUCAAACAUGAGAGACUCUCCCUCCAACAUCUUCUAGUUUAAGUGUCAGAAGAUUUAACUGUCAUGAAGGGAAUAUUUCUAUGUUCCAGAUUAUAUUCACGUUAUUGUGAGUUUGUGUUUAAAUGAAUCAUUACAGUAUUAAUAACAAAUGUCAGUGUCAAAGAGAAGAGA